AUGCGCGCUGCGAACGGGCGCUGGGGCUGUAGCGGCUCAGCGCGGCGGGGCCGGGCGGGGCUCUCCGCCGCCGGUAGCGGCAGCCGCGGCGGGGCGGAGGAGCUCGCCGAGCCGGGUGGCGCCCAAACGGGCUGGCGCGGGCAGUCCCGAGGUUCGCUGCAGCAGCUGGCGGAGCGGUACGCGGACCUGGCGGCCAGCCACAGCGAGGCGCUGCGGCAGCGGGAGGAGCGGGAGUGGCACAACGCGCGGCUGCGCCAAGAGAACGCGCGGCUGCGGCUGGAGAACCGCCGGUUGCGCCGGGAGAACCGCUGCCUCUUCCGCCAGGCCCUGCUGGGUCCCGGCCCCAGCGGCCCCGACAAGCCUCCCGCCGCGGACCAGGGCGAGGAGGCGGAGGCGCUGCGCGCCCAGCUCAGGCGGCUGCAAGAGAAGCACCGCCGGGCCUUGCAGCACCUGCGGCGCCGCCGGGCCGCCGCCGGCCCGGAGGCCUCGGAGCUGGACGACGGGGAGCUGGGCGAGCUGCUGGAGGAGGAGGAGAAAGAGGAGGAGGAGCAGGAGCACCCGCUGGAGAAGAGCCUGGUGCCGCUCGUGUAGCCGGACAAGGGGAAGGGGUGGCCGGGAAGAGCGGUGUGACGGGGCGGUGCCGGAAGGCGCUGCUGGUCCGCCCGCCUGCCUGGACCUCCCUCCCACCUGCCCGGACCUCCCUCCCGCUUGUCUUCCUCCCCUCGCCGGCCCAGGCAGUGCAGUCCCUCGGGGAGGGGGUUAGGCCGCUUAAGCUCUGCCUUCCUUCCCUCCCUGUUCCCUGUGAAAGUGUGGCCUGACCCCGUCCUUUGAGUCCAAACAGGCUCUUGCCAAGGAAAGGGUGGGGGUAGAGUUGCUUGGGUUUUGUGAGUUUUCCUCUCAGAUGUAUGACCAUGAGGCAUUGACGUGAGCAAGCAGCAGGUUCAGAUUGGAAACGGAUACCUGAGAAAGGCUGGUGUUUUAGCCGAGGAGUGCUUCCAGUCACCUGUUGUCACGGGGAAAAAACACGUUGAAAAGAACAGCUGGUCUCAAGUUUUUGAGUUUAAACUUGUCAUGUCAGCCUCAAAUGCCACGGAGUCUAUCAGAAGAUGGCUCUGACCAGUUUUUAGUACUUCUGUAUGAAAAGGAAGUGGACAGAGCUUGCAGUCUUCUUGGUCAGUGUUCCAGUGAAAGUUGAUGAUCCUUUGAACCCCUCUGAAUUUGGACAUUUACCACAAAACAGUGUUUGUAUGUUUAGUGGUGGACUUGGCUCACCAUCACAUGAAUACUGACUUGUAUUUCUCACUUUCACAAAAAACUGUGGGUGAUACAGAAAUAAAAUCAUGACA